AUGGCGACGGCGGCGGCGGCGAGCAGCGUGCUGGGCCCGGGCCCCGCCGCGGGGCCUCCGGCGGCGGCCGGCGGGGCGGCGGCGACAGCGACCGCGAUGGCGAUGGCCAGCCCGGUGCCGGUGCCGGUGCCCAUGAACCUCUUCGCCACGUGGGAGAUCGAUCGGUCGGCGCCGAGCUGCGUGCCCAGGCUCUGCAGUCUGCGCCUGAAGAAGCUCACAGUGCUGAAAGAGCUGGACAAAGAGCUGAGCUCUGUGCUUAUCGCUGUGAAGAUUCAGGGUUCAAAACGAGUCCUGAGGUCAAAUGAAUACAUCCUCCCACCUGGGGGCCUGAUGGAGACCGAGCUGGAGCUGACCUUCUCACUGCAGUACCCACACUUCCUCAAGAGGGAUGGCAACAAGCUGCAGAUCAUGCUGCAGCGGAGGAAGAGGUACAAGAACCGCACCAUCCUGGGCUACAAGACCCUGGCAGUGGGAAUCAUCAACAUGGCUGAGGUCAUGCAGCACCCAACAGAUGGUGGGCAGCUCCUGGGCCUCCACAGCAACAUGAAGGACGUGAACAUUCGAGUGGCUGAAAUCAGCAUCUACUCUCUGUCCAGCCAGCCCAUCGACCAUGAGGAUGGGAACGUCCCCUCAGGUCCUAAAAUCAAAGCUUCAGAUCGCUCCCCAGACAUUGAUAACUACUCUGAAGAAGAGGAUGACAGCUUCUCCUCAGAACAGGAAGCCAGUGAUGAUGCUGUGCAGGGUCAGGAUCUGUUUGAUGAAGAGGAUGACUUGAGGAAAACCAAGAAGUCCAGGAGGAAAAUGAGCCGAACCACAUCAAUUGGCAGACAACCAAACUUCAAGCAGAAAUUUGUGGCUUUGCUGAGGAGGUUCAGAGUGACAGAAGAGGUCCUGGACUCUGACCCUGUAGACCAGACCCAGGAGGUGGAAGAAGACCUGGGCUUGCUCUAUGACAGCCUGGAAGAGUGCAACAACAGUGACAGUGGCCCGGAGAUGGAGGACAAUGAGAGUGUGCACAGCACACCCAAGCCCACCCUGAGGCGUUUCUUUGAGGGAGUCUCUCAUUCUGGUUCCCAGACUGAGAUCGGCAGUCUGCACAGCCAGAAAGGGCAGGAUCAAGAGUCGGGCAGCCCUGACGAGGCAGAGCAGCGGAAGCCAGGAGCACAGCGAUCGCAGGAGGAGCAAGGAACGGAGGUCCCUGCAGUGGAGCUGACAUCAGACGAGUCCUGUUCCCGGCUGACUCCCACAGAGGCUGCCAUGAGGGAGGGCAGCAUGGACAGACUGCCCCAGCUGGCCUCUGGGAGCAAAACCGAGCUCCCCAGCGCCGUGUCCCCCAGCAAGGCAGAGAGCAAGCAGCUGUGGCGUCCCCGCAGCACCUCCGUGAAGGACAGGCAGAGCUCCAAGGUACAAGGUGGCCGUGCCAGCAGCCUGGACAGUGAGAGCUCUCCAGACUCAUGGCAUAACACCCAGGUGCCUCGAAAGUCUGUUUAUGAUCAGCUGAACCAGAUCCUGGUCUCAGACGAGCAGCUCCCCGAGAGCAUCGUGCUGGUCAAUGUUGCUGAGUGGCAGGGGCAGUACGUGAGUGAGCAGCUCCAGGCGCACAAGCAGUUGGUUGUAUCCACGUGCUCCGUGGCAGACAUCCAGGCAGCCUUCAACACCACUGUCUCCCGCAUCCAGCGAUUCUGUAACUGUAACUCCCAUAUGCCUCCCCCGGUGAAGGUGGUGGUGGCAGGGGACCAGAGCUACCUGAGCGUUGUCCUCCGUUUCUUUGUGGAGCAGCUGGCCAGCAAGACAUCUGACUGGCUCAACUACCUUCGCUUCCUGCUCGUGCCACUGGGCUCUCACCCUCUGGCCAAGUACCUGGCCUCGGUGGAUAACAAAUACAGCACUCUCUUCCUGGACACGGCGUGGCGGGAGCUGUUCAGCAGGGCUGAGCCUCCCACUGCAGACACUGUGGACAUAGCAGGCCGUGUUGCCCAGUUCAUCGCCGGAGCCAGCCUCUCUCACCAGCUACCCAUUUCUGAGGCCAUGCUGACCUACAAGCAGAAGAGCCCCGACGAGGACUCCUGCCAGAAGUUUGUCCCCUUUGUGGGGGUGGUGAAGGUGGGCCUGGUGGAGCAGUCCUUCAGUGCCUCCGUGGACUCGGAUGAUGCCACAGUCUGCACCCCCUCCCUGCUGAGCUCAACACCAACCCCCAGUAUAUCUGUUCCCUAUGGCAAGGAGACCAUCUGCACCCCGCCUCCCUCUCCGUCCGUCUGCAGCAGCCUCUCGGGAGCUGGGUCUCCGAGCCCUGGUGUGGAGGUGAUGGGCCUGCAGGUGGAUUACUGGACAACCCAAGGGCCGGAGAGGAAGAAGGAGGGUGACAAGCGGGAGACGGGUAUCAAGAACACCCUCAAGAGCAACUUCCGCUCGCUCCAGGUCAGCCGCAUCCCCAGCACCGGGGAGCUGGUGCCCCCCAGCACCAUGGCCAUGACCGUGGUCACCAAGGAGAAAAACAAGAAAGUGAUGUUCCUGAGCAAGAAACCAAAAGAAAAAGACUUGGAACCCAAAAGCCAAGUCAUCGAAGGGAUCACACGCCUCAUCUGCACAGCCAAGCACCAGAACACCAUGUUACGAGUCUCCAUAGAUGGGGUGGAGUGGAACGAUGUGAAGUUUUUCCAGCUGGCAGCACAGUGGCCAACACACGUCAAGUACCUCCCUGUGGGCAUCUUCGGCUACUCGAAGAGUGUGUGAGACAUUGGGGCAUCCCUGGAAUGGAGCUGCAGUGGGUUGCAGGAGACAGGGAGAUGGACAUGCUCUUGUCCCCAUCUCCUGCAGACCAGUCCCUGCCUGCUCAGUGGGGGGGGAUACUGCACCUGCACCCUGUGGGCCAAGACCCGUGAAGGUGAGGCCAGUGAGACCGGGUCCAUGCACCCUCCAACACCAGCCAGGACACCAUGCCAUCUGCCUCCCAUGUCCCCCAGCAGCAGCCUGGGACAAGGGUUGGCACCAGCCAGCCAGCAGGGCCCCAGGAUGGGCUCUGGGCCCCACUCUCCACAGAUGCACCUGCCAGGCCAGCCCUGUAGCCAGCCAGGGUCCCAGCUGGGCUGGACCCAGGCAGGUUCCCCAGUGCUGCAGCCAGCCAGACUGCUCUGUGCAGGGGCAGGUGCUGAGCAGGGCCCACCGCCCCUGUACCACCCUUGCCAGCCCCACUGCCAGCCUUGCACUGCUGUGCUGGCCCUGCCCUCUGCAGCACAGCCUCAGCAGCUUUUCCAGUCCCCCUGCAGCCCUGCUGCUGAGGCUGUCCUCUUCAUCUCCCCAUCCCUUCCCAACCAGCCCUACCCCAGGGUGCUGCCAGCUGGAGGUGUGGGGUGAGGGCACCUGAGUUUUUUUUUUACAAGAUUCUAUUUUUUUUAAAUUUAUUGUAUGGUUACUUUUCGGGAUUAAUUUUAAUAAAUUAAUGCUGUUACCAUUA